CAAUGAUUGACACGGCAGCCAUUUUCCUACGGGGCGCCCUGUUCCCAUUGUGUGAGAGAUAGUAAAUACUGACACUGCUAGAAAACCAUAACAUUUAUUUCCUUGCGAAAAAACGUUUAUAUUCACGUCAGGUGAUAACUAACUUGUCAUGGCUCGUACCAAGCAGACCGCCCGUAAAUCCACUGGGGGAAAGGCUCCACGUAAGCAGCUGGCCACCAAGGCUGCCCGCAAGAGUGCACCGUCUACCGGUGGGGUCAAGAAGCCCCAUCGUUACAGGCCCGGCACCGUGGCCCUACGUGAGAUCCGUCGGUACCAGAAGUCCACUGAGCUGCUGAUCCGCAAGCUGCCCUUCCAGCGCCUGGUGAGAGAGAUCGCUCAGGACUUCAAAACCGACCUGCGCUUCCAGAGUGCAGCGAUCGGAGCUCUGCAGGAGGCCAGCGAGGCAUACCUGGUGGGUCUGUUUGAGGACACCAACCUGUGUGCCAUCCAUGCCAAGCGUGUCACCAUCAUGCCCAAAGACAUCCAGCUGGCACGUCGCAUCCGCGGGGAGCGUGCUUAGCCCGCCCUCCUUUCCUUUUUCUCUUUAAUGUUUCACCUCUAUUCUCUUUGUUUCUUUAUCUCUCACUGUCCUCACUCCCUCAUUCGCCCCGACCUUCCAUCUCACCCCCCAGCCCCCUCUCCCUUUUUUCUUCUUGGUAGACUUUAGAGUAACCGUGAUUAUGAUGAGAGAAACGUGUUGAAAAGUCUCGUCUCUCAUAGUUUUUGUCUUCAGCAGAUGUUUUAGGGUACCUUUUUCGUGCAUGUAGUAGGUGUCGCUGAUCAGACACACACACACACACAGGUUUGUGCGUCCUCAGCUCUCAUAAAAUAAAACUCACUCACAUGCACAGGUGGGCAGACCAGAAGGGCAUCGCCCGGGGGCUAGUCUGCUUAAGGGGAGUGGCAACUUCCACAGCAGGGUGCUACUAAAACUAACCCCAGGGCUGUUGGUGUGUGUGUGUGUGUGUGUGUAAGCUCUGAUCAGCCAAGCAAAUUGUAUUCAACAGCAAACAAGUAUCAUCUUGGUUACUUAAAAAUAAUUCAUGAUUACUAUCAUUGUGGAUAUUGUGUCUAUUUUUUUUAAUAUAUAUAUAUAAUUCAUACAUAUACACCUUUUCUUUUGACUACUGCCAGAGACAUCAAAAUAAUACGAAGAAGAAAACACGAAGUGAUUGACGUUUGGCAAAAUUCUGUUUUUACAGAAUUAUUUUUAAACCAAUCAGAAAGAGCUUCUCAGUUUCAUAAGAGCUACUGUUCCAAUGGCAGCCACAUGGGGGUGAUAUAUACCAGCCCCCCUCCUAUUUAGCUUUUUCUCACUAUUAAUCUGUCAUUAUCCAUGAUACUACUCUCAAUCUCUACCCUAUCUCCUCUUAAGGUUAGUUGUGUUCGGCAUUAGAGUUGUUACACCAGUAUGAGUUGACUUUGUAGUAGCGAGAGCUACUCUUCAAGUUUGGUUUAUUUUCUGACUUUCUCUCACUUCCUUUGUAUACUGAACAAAAAUAUAAACUGAACAUGCAAACA